AAGAUGCAAAACAUGAAAAGAAUGGCACCAGGAAAUGGCUCUUUUGUGACUGAAUUCAUCUUGCUGGGGUUAACAGACCAGACAGAUCUCCAACUGCCCCUGUUCUUCCUGUUUCUAGUAAUAUAUAUAGUCACUGUGUUGGGAAAUUUGGGAUUGAUAACUCUAAUAGGACUGAAUUCACAUAUUCACACUCCCAUGUACUUUUUCCUCUUUAACUUGUCCUUCAUAGACUUUUGUUAUUCCUCUGUGUUCACACCCAAAAUGCUGACGAACUUUUUAUCGACAACAAAUACUAUCUCUUAUACAGCAUGUAUGUUCCAGCUCUACCUUUUUUGUUUUUUUAUUAUUUCUGAAUGCUAUGUGCUGACAUCGAUGGCCUAUGAUCGCUAUGUGGCCAUCUGUAACCCACUUCUGUACAACAUAACCAUGUCUCCAAAAGUGUGUUCCAGCCUUAUGCUCAGUUCAUACUUGAUGGCCUUUUCAGGUGCCAUGGCCCACACUGGAUGCAUGUUAAGACUGACCUUCUGUGAUGCAAACACCAUCAACCACUAUUUCUGUGAUAUUCUCCCUUUGCUCCAUCUCUCCUGCACCAGCACACAAGUCAAUGAGCUGGUGGUUUUCAUUGUAGGAGGCAUCAACAUCAUUGUCCCCAGUCUCACCAUUUUCAUCUCAUAUGGUUUUAUUCUCUCUAGCAUCCUCAAAAUAACCUCUACUGAGGGCAGAUCUAAAGCCUUCAGCACCUGUAGUUCCCACAUAAUUGCUGUUUCUUUUUUCUUUGGAUCAGGCGCAUUUAUGUAUCUCAAUCCCUCCUCUCCUGGAUCAAUGAACAAGGGAAAAAUCUCUUCUGUUUUUUAUACCAUUGUGGUUCCCAUGAUGAAUCCCUUAAUCUACAGCUUGAGAAACAAAGAUGUUAAAAUUGCCUUGAGAAAAACACUGAGUAGGACAAAGUUUUAA